AUGGAUAACGAGAUCCUUCUGGCUGACUGGAGGAGGUUGAAUGAUUAUGAGUGGGAAAGAGAGCGGUUAGCACCAGUCCGCCGCCGAGAUUCGCUCGAACUCUCGGGUGUGGAUGAGAAGGAGAUCGGAGAGGACCCUGAGAGGGGACAACCGCGAGGCUCUGGAGAGAGGGACGUAAGGGGGAGUAGCACAUAUGAGUCGGAGAAGUAG